AGGGAGAGGCAACCCUUCUCAGGACUGGGGACCACAGACUGAUUGGGGACCUUCCUCUGGAGCUUCUAUUCCUGGGGAUUCAACCUGGGCUCCCCACCGGACUGAAGGCCCACCUGCAGAGCACAGUCUGCACUCCUGCUCGGUCUGAGACCCUGGCUGUGCGUGGAGGCCGAGAAACGUGGACUCCACCCUCACUGUCUGCUGAAAGGAGAACUGGAGUUCAAAGAAACUUAACUGAGAAGUGAGUCCUGGUCUCUGGAUUCUUGUGUUGACGUCUGGAGUCACAGCAACUGGUGAUGAAAGAGUCCAGGCUCAGUGCCUCCUAGGAAUGGCCUCACAUCCUGUUGUGCAACUUUCCGGAGCCUCUAGGUCAGUGUGGUGCUUUGUAGCUGUCCCGGGAGGCCUCAGCAGUUGGAGUUGGUGCAGGGGAAGGAUGAGGAAGACCAGGCGCUGGGGGCUGCUGUGGAUGCUGUUUGUCUCAGAACUUCAAGCUACAACUGAAUUAACUGAGGAAAGGUUUGAUCUGGAAGAGGGGCAGACCCUGACUGUGAGCUGUCCCUAUGGGAUAGGGAUGUAUGACCACAGCCAGAAGGCUUGGCAGAGGAUAAGAGAGGGAAAAGGGCCGCCCCAGACCCUGGUAACCACAGAGAUGCCUUCGGAGAAUUCCCAUCCUAUCCAAGUGGGGAGGAUCAUACUAGAAGAUUACCAUGAUCAUGGCUUACUGCGUGUCCAAAUGACCAACCUCCAAGUGGAAGACUCUGGACUGUAUCGGUGUGUGAUCUGCCAGGAUCCCAAGGAACCUCAUGUGCUGUUCUAUCCCGUCCGGUUGGUGGUGGCCAGGGGUUCUUCAGGUACCCCUGCCUCCAGUGAGAGUUCUACCCAGAAUGUGGAUAGUGUUCCUCCUACCACCACUAAGCCCCUGGGCCCACUGUAUACCAGCCCCAGAACUGUGACCCAAGCUCCACCCAAGUCAACUGCUACCGUCUCCACACCUGGCUCUGAAAUCAACAUUAAAAAUAUGACAGAUAUCAUCAGAGUUCCCGUGUUUAACAUUGUCAUUCUCAUGGCUGGCGGAUUCCUGAGUAAAAGCCUGGUCUUCUCUGUCCUGUUUGCUGUCACGCUGAAGUCAUUUGGAUUCUAGACCCACGAAUCCACGAGACAGUCUUCUGAUCUCCAGCCACAUCCAUCUGGCAGUGUGCUAAGAGAGGAGAGAGGAGACAAAAGGUCGGGGGGAGUUAAUACCAUGAAUUAAAUCUGUAAUCACUGGAUAUUUCUAAAGCCAGGAUCUCACCUUCCUGCCUACUGCCCUCAUUUCUCACUUGGAUGGGCAUUUGCCCCUCAGAAAAGAAGUUACAGCCCCAAACAUGCCUGGUCCUUCAUUCCACCAGCUACUUGUCAUUUGCAUGAAAUACAGACAGUUCAAUGCUUUUCAUCGUAAUUUCUUAUGGGGGCUGUGACAUGCAGAGGGCACGCCUAAUCCUUCUCCUGCUCAGUUUUGCCCUGGACCGUACAAUUUUGGCCUGACCUGGACUGAGCUCCCACUACAGAAGCAUCCUCCUUGCCCCAUGCUGGGACUUCCUCUGUGUAGCAUCAGACACUUGGUUUUCAUGCUUAUAUGUGGUUCUUUCCAACACUCCCAGAAAAGGGUGUUGAAGAUUGUGGAACAUGGAGAAAUAAGACUUCAUGGUGAGAAAGUGCAUCUUUCUCAGAGAAAAUAGUUAAACUGAAUAUCUUGUCUUGGGAAAAUACUGACAGGAUGAGAUGGGAUCCAUGGGAUAGCAUUGAUAGACAAUAUCAGACAUCCUAUGUGCAAUUAUCUCUGACUCCUGAAAAUAGCCCUCUGAAGGCAGAGAUGUAUGUGACUAGAAUGAGGCCACAUGAGUAAGUCCCUGCCUGCUGGCAGGAGUGAAAACUGAAGAGCUCCUUACCUCAAGGACCCCAAAGCCAUAUAGAAUAGAAUAACCAGGGGUUCUGCCUGUGUCUAAAUGCCUCUUUUCCAGUAUUACACAAGAGGGAGGGAUGGCGGGGUGCAAGCUCUCCCCACGGAAGCUUCUGGAGGCUGCCCCGUAUGCUCUCCUUGUUCCCCACUCUUCCCUCCUCCUCCGAUCUUAGUCUGCUCCUGGAAUACCUGCUUCAGCUUCCAUGCUCUCUCCAGUGCCCUCCCCUGUGAAGUAGGUAGGUGUUCAGACCCUCCAGUGUCUUGCAAUCUCCCACAGAUUUCAAUCAAGAUUUUGCUAUUUCCCACUUGAGCUUUAAAGGCAAAGGGGCCUCAUGGGUGGGAAAAGAAUGGUGGGUCCAUCCAGCCCAAUUUAAUGAUGUCCGGGGCAGAAAUCAUCCUCCAUUCCCAAGAGUAAUCAUGCUCUUCCAUGCAUAGUGUGUCUCAUGUUAGGUAAACGUAUUUUUACAAUGGGCACCACUCCUGUGGAAAAAAUUCACUGCACACGGAGGUCCAGCUUCCACUUCCUGAGCCCGCUCCAUCACAUAAGGACUUCCCCAUUCCCCAAAAUGCUGCUCUAUCAGAACCUGCCCAGGUAAUGGUACUGACUCCAGAGAGAUGAUUUAUGAACCCCCAAUAUUGAGUCCAUUAGAAGAUGGGGAGGGGACAUUUAUUUCAUCCUGGUGCUCUGGUGAGAAUCUUCGCAGAUGCACUAGGUAUAGAAGCUGUUCAUCUCAGCACAUUUAUUUUCCUACCUAAAAGAACCAAGCAGCUGAGAGGCAGUGACCGUACAGCAUGCAGUGUUCGUGUGCUGAGUUUGCUGGUCUGGAGCCUGCACUUUAGCAAUCCCAGCGUUGCUCCUGUUUAUGAAGUUGACAAAGUGACCAGGGGAAGGGGGUAUUAUCACUAAAUGCACUCCAGGAGAGGCAGAACACACAAGGGCAGUGUUUCUCAGAGUGUGGUCUUUAGACCAACUGCAUCAGAUUGUCCUGGAGCAUAAGCAAAUGCUUAGAGCCCGGGGCCCCUGCAGACCUACUAUAUCCUGGUAUACAGCUCCCUCUUAGUGGAUUUCAAGCUUGUUUCCAAUAAGGCAUUACACUCCUUACCAAAGCCCAUGACACAUUCAUGCAGAUUCAUCCAGACAUAACCCACUGCACAGUCCAAUGUGUUUAACUUAUUAUAGAUCAAGUGUUAGUUAAGUCUGACAUAUUAAACGUGCUUGAAAAAUUAUAUGCACUAAAUUGGAAGACAAAUGGCCGUGCUGGAGACCCCCAUUUCCACUUACAGGCCAUGCCAUGUUCCAUCCUCCCCAUCCUGCCUGGGAACCUGACCAGUGUGGCUAAGCCAGCAGGCUCCCUGGCUGCCGGCUUCUGGCUGGCUGAGCCAAUGGGAAGCACAAGAGGAAUGCAGAGGGUGGGGAGAGAGUGAGGUCAGGGCUUCUGUCCUGGGGCUCCGUCCCUGGGAGGUGGCAGGAGUGGCUGCAUUCCUCUCUGAAGUCUCCUUCAAGCCCCUCAACAAACAGCACCCAUCUCCAAGUCCAGCCACCUGCUCUAUCCUCUCCUCUGUAGGCCCAGCAGUGGGAAUGCCAGCCUCAGUGUACUGAAGCAUCCCUUACUGGAUUCCCUAAAUUCUACGCACAUCUUUAUUAAAUACUCUUCAGUUA